UCCUGCUGCUCCUGCUCCUCCUCCUCGUUCCGCCACCGCUGCCCCCUGCCUUCCCGCUGCCCCGGCCCCAUGGACUUCGACGUGGUGGUGCAGCGGGCGUCGGGCGGGUUGGGCGGCCGCGCUCGUCUGGUGCGGUGUGCCAGCUGGCUGCCCAACGUGGCGCUGGCGCUGGCGCUGAGCUCGGAGCUGCUGUUCACGGCGCUGCCCGACCACCACUGCCGGCCCGACCCGGCCCUGCUCCCCGCCGCCCUCCGGGCCCUUCCCCCUCCCGCCCUGCUCAACGCCAGCGUCCCGCGCCGACCCCCGCCCGAAGCGGGCUGGACCCGCUGCCUGCUCUACCGUUACCCCGCCGCCACCGCCGGGACCCCCGCCACCCCCAACGGCACCGGCCCCUGCACCCGCGGCUGGGACUACGCCCUCCCCGCCGCCGGCCUCCUCAGCAGCCCCGUCACCCAGUGGGACCUGGUGUGCGCUGAUGGCUGGAAGGUGCCGCUGGAGCAGACCACCUAUCUGCUGGGCUGGCUGCUGGGCUGCCUGGGCCUGGGCUCCGCCUGUGACAGGUUUGGCCGCCGUGCUGUAUUUGUGACCUGCCUGCUACUGUCCACGCUGCUGGGCGCAGGCGUGGCGUUGGCCAUGGACUACGUCAUGCUGCUGUCCCUGCGGCUGCUUCAUGGUGCUGCGCUGGCGGGCGCCUUCCUCUCCCUCUAUGUGGCACGACUGGAGCUGUGCGACCCCCCUCACCGCCUGGGGGUGACCGUGGUGGCCGGCCUGUUCUGGGUGGCGGGGAAGCUGCUGCUGCCUGGCCUGGCCCUGCUGUGCAAGGACUGGAGGCUCCUGCAGGGUCUCGUCACCCUGCUCCUGGCCCUGCUGCUCUUCUUCUGGGGGCCCCCGGCCCUGUUCCCGGAGUCGCCCCGCUGGCUCCUGGCCACCCAGCAACCAGCCAGGGCCAAGAAGAUACUGAGGCAGUUUGCGAAGUCCAGUGGCCUCAGCCUAGAGGAGGAGCCUUCUGGGGAAGAUGCCCUCGCUGCAGAGCUGGAUGUGCUCUCGGCCCGGUGGUCCCAGCCCCAGUACCAGCCCAUCUGCAAGGUCCUGAGCACCAGAGUCAUCGGGAGAAACAGCCUCAUCCUGGGCUUUACCUCGCUGAUCGGCAGCGGCAUCCGGCACAGCUUUGCCCGAAACCUGGCCCCGUACCGGCCGCAGUUCUACCUCACCUACUUCGUGUUGGCCGGGCUGGAGGCGGCCGCCUGCCUCUUCCUGGGCCUGACCGCCGAGGCUUCGGGCGCCGCGCCAUCCUGGUUGCUCUGCACCAUCCUGACCAGCCUGGCCUCGCUGCUGCUCCUCGCCCUCACCCAGUAUCUGCAGGGCUGGAGCGUCCUGUUCCUCUCCAUCCUUGGUCUCCUGGCGUCCUACACCAUCUCCAUGCUCAGCAGUAUCUAUGCCAGCGAAGUCCUUCCCACCGUGGUCAGAGGCGCCGGGCUGGGCCUCAUCAUGGCGGCGAGUUUCCUGGGCCAGGCGGCGGCCCCCAUCAUGGACAUCCACAACCACCAUGGCUUCUUCCUGCACCACGUGGUGUUCGCCUCCUUCGCCAUCCUCUCCAUGCUCAGCAUCAUGCUGCUGCCCGAGAGCCGGGGCAAGGGCUUGCCCGAGUCCCUCAAGGAUGGGGAAGGGCAGCGCCGCUCUCCACUCUUCCUGUCUCGUCGCCUCCGCCGUGGCGGCAGCCUCCAGGACCACGUGCCCCUGCUCUUGCCCCCCACCCCGGAGCAGUACGCCCGCCUCGCCGCCACCACCCGGAGAAUGCUGGGAGCCGGGGCCUUCCCCCAACUCCACGGGGCGCCCCCGGGACCCAGGCUCCCAUCCUCGCACGGGCCGACCCACACCUAGCCGCUAGCCCCGCGCCUCCAAGCUCAGGGCAGCUCUUCUGGACUCUGAGGACACACAGCUCCCGUGACCCUGGGGUCCGGCGGGGAGAGGCUGCCCGGACCGGACCCGGGCCACUUCUACGGCUGCGGGCAGGCGGGACUGGGCCCGGCCUCCCCCGGGACAGUGUGGACAGCGGAUGCUCGGACUCGAUCAUCCCAGCCGCCUCCGUCAGCCUGGGCCCGCGUGGUGGACUCGGCUCCUGCCCUUUCCCCCUUCAGGUUUGGAUAAACCUUUCAUGGAAACUCC